AGUCUCUGAUUGGCCUCCAGCGACGCUCCAAUCACUGCUGGGCUCAUUUCGACUUCACACUAUGAGCUGGAGACAGCACAACUAGGACUUGGAUCUACUAGCAGUACCACGGGAUCUACUUUUAUUCCUACGAAUGACUUUUUGGGUCCUUUUCCUCAAGGCAUGGUAAUGCAGUUUUGGUAGAGCCUUAGGUUAUGAAUUAGGAUGACCACGCUUGUGAGAAAGGUCCAACAGGUGUGGAGUGACCUGCCGCUGCCGCUGUUGCUGCUCCUGCCCUGCUUCGCUCUGCAAGUGUGCAGUGCUCAGACACAAGAAGUGGUGGUUUGUAGCGGCACCCAAAAUGAUCUGAGCUUGACAGGAAACUCCGAGUUCCAGUACAACUUGAUGCGGGAGAGGUACACUGGCUGUGAGAUCGUCAUGGGAAACCUGGAGAUAACCAUGAUGGAACACACCAGAGAUUUCUCCUUCUUGCAGUCAAUCAGGGAGGUGACGGGCUACAUCCUGUUUGCCAUCAACGAGUUCAGCCGCCUGCCGCUGGACCACCUUCGUGUCAUCAGGGGCACCACCUUGUACGAGGACCAGUACGCCUUGGCUGUGAUGAUCAACUACCAGAAGGGCGGCCAGCACGGCCUGCAAGAACUGGGCCUGACUCACCUCACGGAGAUACUGGAGGGAGGAGUCAAGAUCAUUCAAAAUAAGUACCUAAGCUACGGCCCACAGGUCAACUGGCAGGACAUCGUGAAGGACAGUUCGGCGCCUAUUGUAUUGGAAGACAAUGGACCUGAAAAGCCUUGCAGCGAAGCAUGUGAGGACGUUUCAUGUUGGGGUCCCGGAAAUGACACGUGUCAGAUCUUGACAAAGACGGUGUGCGCCCCUCAGUGCAAUGGCCGCUGUUUUGGCAGGAACCCAAGCGAGUGUUGUCACAAUGAGUGUGCUGGAGGCUGCACCGGACCCCUGGAUACUGACUGCUUUGCUUGCAGGAACUUCAACAACUCGGGUUCCUGCGCUCCUCAGUGUCCUCAGACGGUGAUUUACAACAAGCACACCUUCAAACUGGAACCCAACCCCGAUGCCAAGUACCAGUAUGGCUCCAUCUGUGUGUCGCAGUGUCCCACAAACUUUUUGGUGGAUGGAAGCUCAUGCGUGAGCAAUUGUCCCACGCAUAAAAUGGAGGUGGAGAAAAAUGGAGUGAAAAGGUGUGAGCCCUGUGGAGGCCUUUGUCCGAAAGCAUGCCGUGGAACAGGAACUCAGAACCGACAGACGGUGGAUGCUUUUAACAUCGACAGUUUCAUUAACUGUACAAAGAUUCAGGGCAGUCUUCACUUCCUGGUGACUGGGAUCCACGGAGACGACUACAACAACAUCCCGGCCCUUGAUCCUGCAAAACUGAAGAUUUUCAGCACGGUGCGAGAGAUUACAGACAUCCUCAGUAUCCAGUCAUGGCCUGAAAACAUGACUGACUUAUCCGUCUUCUCCAACCUGCAAACCAUUCACGGCAGAACACUUUACAGAGGAGUGAGCUCUAGAAGGGGCUACUCUCUGCUGGUGAUGAAGAUCCCCUCCUUGACUUCUCUGGGCUUACGCUCGCUUCAGAGAAUAAAUGAUGGCGGCGUCUACAUCACGGGAAACAAGAAACUAUGUUAUCAUGACACUGUCAACUGGACGCGUAUCUUAAACAGCAGCUCGCGCCCGCAGAGACGCCAGAAGUACAUUGACAUUAAGGAAAACCGGCCGAGAAAUGAAUGUGUUGAGUUGGGCCACGUGUGCGACCCCCUGUGCUCCUCGGGGGGCUGCUGGGGUCCAGGCCCGGACCAGUGUCUCUCCUGCAAAAAGUACAGGAGAGGAGGAACUUGUGUGCCAGACUGCAUGUUUUUGACAGGGGAGACACGCGAGUUUGCAGAUCCAUCAGGAGAAUGCAUGCCCUGCCACCCAGAGUGUAAAGUCCAGGAGGGAAUGGAGACCUGCACAGGCCCGGGAGCAGAUGAGUGUGUAGCAUGCGCCAACCGUCAGGACGGCCCCCAUUGCGUCUCCUUGUGUCCUGAGGGUGUGAUGGGGGGCGAAGGAGUCAUCUUUAAGUACCCGAACAAGCAAGGCCGCUGUGAACCCUGUCACAUCAACUGCACUCAAGGGUGCUUCGGUCCAGGAACUGGUGGCUGUAUUGGGGCUUCCAGAUAUAUUUCUGGACAAGCAACCACGGGCAUCGUAUUGGGAGUUAUUGCCAUUCUAUUUGCCAGCUUCUCUAUUUUCGUGCUGAGCGUUUUGUACCGCAGAGGCCUCGCCAUCCGCCGCAAACGAGCUAUGAGGAGAUACAUGGCCAAUGGAGAGGGUUUUGAGCCGCUGGAUCCUGGCGAGAAGGGGCCUAAAGUCCACGCUCGAAUCUUGAAGCCCACUGAGCUGCGUAAGAUCAAGUUGCUGGGUAACGGCGUGUUUGGAUCGGUUCAUAAGGGCAUUUGGAUCCCUGAGGGAGACACAGUGAAGCUUCCGGUUGCCAUAAAAACAAUUCACGAUCGUAAUGGGAGGCAGAUGUUCUUCGAAGUGACUGAUCACAUGAUGGUGAUGGGAAGCUUGGAUCACAUCAACGUCGUCAGGAUCCUCGGCAUCUGUCCCGGCGCCAACUUGCAACUCAUUAGCCAGCUCAACAACCAAGGCUCUCUGCUGGAGCACGUCAGGAACAACAAGAACAAGCUCAGUCCGCAGAGACUCCUCAACUGGUGUGUGCAGAUUGCAAAGGGAAUGUAUUACCUGGAGGAGAACAGGAUGGUCCACAGGAACCUGGCUGCCAGAAAUGUGCUGCUGAAGAAUAACUACACCGUCCAGAUCUCCGACUACGGCAUUGCUGACCUCCUGUACCCCGAUGACAAAAAGUUCUUUUACAAUGAAGUCAAGACACGAAUCAAGUGGAUGGCCUUGGAAAGCAUUUUGUUUCGCAGAUAUACUCAUCAAAGUGAUGUUUGGAGUUAUGGUGUGACAAUAUGGGAGAUGAUGUCACACGGAACAGAGCCAUACCCGACCAUGCGGCCGCAGGAAGUUCCUGAUCUGCUGGAAAAGGGCGAGCGACUAUCCCAACCCCCUAUUUGCACAAUUGACGUGUACAUGGUCAUGGUCAAGUGUUGGAUGAUUGACGAGACUGUCCGUCCAACAUUCAAAGAGCUCGCCAAUGAAUUUACCAGAAUGGCUCGAGAUCCUCCUCGCUACCUGGUGAUAAAGGAGGACUGCAGCCAGCCCGACGGGUCCCCUGAUGAGAUGACCCAACGCAGCGCGGACCUAGAUGACCUGGAGGAUCUCGAAUUCGAGCUAGAGGAUCACGCGGAGGAAAUAUCAAUAGACGAUCUCAAUCCGCCUUCCCACUACCUGUCUCCCACUAAGUCGAGAAGUCUGAGUGGUCUUUCCAGACUUGAUUCCCACAGAGUGGUUGUGACUUCACCAGGUGGUACUGGAUAUCUGCCAAUGACCUCAGGCAUAGACAAUCCGGGACAGGCUCCGUGGCAGUCACGUUCUCGGCUCAACUCUGCCCGCACUGUGUCUGAGAGUUCGGAGGGCUGCGGCACCGCCACCGACCUGGAGAUGAUCGAGGACCUGUCUCUGACUGGGAGUCCGAAACGUGGGCGUCAAAGGCAGGACAGCGCCUACAUGUCCCAGAGGGACAGCUUGUCUGGCGGGCCGCCCGGAACACCGUCCCCAGAGAUGGAUGAGGAGGACCAAAAUGGUUAUGUGCUGCCUGGAGACAGUCCGGAAAGAGAAACCUUGCUGUGUCCGUCUCGAGUCAUUCCCAGCGGCAUGGGCAAGUCGCAGUCAUCCGGGGUUUUGUGCAACCUGAACGGCGAGGAAUACGAGUACAUGAACAAGCAGACGUGCCUCUCGCCCCGAAUCAACAGCCACCGCAAGGACAACGGCCAGUGGCUCAAGGGCAGCAAGAAGCGAACAUCUUCCCUAUCGUCACAGGUGACGGUCAGUUCGGGCGAUGUCCUGCCAUUCAUCAGGAACAAUCGUGGCUCCCAGCAGCUCGGUCCUCAAGAGGUUAAAUAUGAAUACAUGGAUAUCAGGUGUAGUGAGAGGGACGAAGCCCCUCCGCCACAUGACCCUCCUCCUCCUCCCAUAGCUGCUGGGAUGGCAGACGAAGAGGAGUACGUAGAAGAUAGUAAUUAUCAUUACAAUAACAAGCAACCAAAGUUGAGACAAGCUCUUCUGGAAAACAAGGAGAUAAAGAUCCUGGAUAGGGACGAGGGGAAGCAUUAUGAAUAUGAGGACAUGGACUGCUUCACAUCCAUGAAGCCUGCAGACGCAGCGGUGUACCAGAACAUGGAAAUAGGAGGCGAGGGAGAGCCAAGUGGCACUACGGUUCGUCACUUGGGCGUCGACCCUCAUGUAAAAGUACGAGCUGGAGUUGAGGUUGGAGAUCCUAUAAAUGGAGACAGAUCGUUUGACAAUCCCGACUACUGGCACAGCAGGAUGUUCCUCAAGCCCAAAGCGGUGCCCACAUGAAGAAGGCUCAUCUGCUCCUUGCCUAUUUCUAUUCAUGAAGGACUUGACAGAAAAAGCUAAAAUGUAGCCCACUUUAACUGACAUAUUAAAUAUUCAUCACGAUACACUGCUGUAUUACCGCUGGGGCAUUUACAGAAAUAUGAGCACUGAAGAAGAAGAAAAAAGACCACAUAACAAGCUAUAUCCAGUAUUUUUGUUUACAAUUUGACAUAAACAAAAUUGUUUUUCUUUGUAUGUUUUCUACUUAAAAUAAAAAGUUUUUAAGAUGU